AGAAAGACACAGACACUCCUCGCACUGACUGCACAGAGCUCACCCUCCCAGCACUGCAGGAAGAGCAAGAGGACAGGACGGACUGCACGCAGAUAAUCUACAAUAAUGCCGCCAUUUCCUCCAUGUUGUGGCCUUAUCAUCGUGGCUUCCCGCCAGCCAGUCCCUCUGCAGGGGAUCUCGGUGGACGUCCAGGUGAAAGGCUUUGUGGCGGAUGUAUCGGCCACUCUCAAGUAUAAGAACAAGGAGGAGAAGGCGGUGGAAGCGGUCUUUGUCUUCCCCAUGGAUGAAGACUCCGCCGUCUACAGCUUUGAGGCCACAAUAGAGGGGAAGAAAAUUAUAGCCGACCUGCAGGAGAAGAAGCAGGCUCACAAAACCUAUGAUGAGGCCAUCAGCCGGGGCGAGCAAGCCUUCCUCCUGGAGGAAGAUGAGAGCUCGGCAGACAUCUUUAGCUGCAGUGUUGGGAAUCUCCCUCCCGGCCAGGAAGCUGAGAUCACCCUGAAAUACGUCCGGGAGUUGCCAUUGGAGGCGGACGGAGCUGUGCGUUUUGUGCUGCCGGCCGUCCUCAACCCGAGAUACACCCCAAAAGGUGCAAAUAAUCAGGAUGUGAGCAUAACAGCCACACGUCCGCAGGUGCCGGUUGGUGGGAUCCCGUACACGCUGAGUCUGAUUGCUCACUUCCAAUCUGUGUACGGCAUCGCCAAGAUCGAGUCCAAUUGUAAAAUCACCCCUGUGGAGUAUACAGAUAGUGACAAGACCGGCGCCAAGGUGUCACUGGCAGAGGGGCACAAGUUUGAGCGAGAUGUGGAGUUACUGGCUUAUUAUACAGAUGUGAACAAACCCAGCGUCACUGUGGAGGCGGGGCUUGGAUCUACAGACGCAGCCCACAUUAUGGUGGAGUCAGUGGCCAUGUUGAACUUCUACCCGAGUUUCCCAGCUGGACAGGAGCAGACCAGUUGCGGCGAGUUUAUUUUCCUUGUGGACCGGUCUGGCAGUAUGGAGUCUCCAAUGAAUUCUGAGCCCAACGCCCCGCAGAGGAUUCAGAGUGCCAAGGAGACGCUGGUUGUUCUAUUGAAGAGUUUACCUCUCGGGUGUUACUUCAAUAUCUAUGGCUUUGGGUCCAAAUUUGAGGCUUUCUUCCCGGAGAGUGUGGAGUACACACAGAAGUCCAUGGAGGAGUCGGUGAAGAAGGUGAAUGAGAUGGAUGCCAACUUUGGAGGAACAGAAAUUCUCCAACCUCUAAAGAAGAUCUACCAAACAGCCGGGAGAGCCGAGCACCCCCGACAGCUUUUUGUCUUCACAGAUGGAGAAGUCGGGAACACAAAGCAAGUGAUCGAUGAAGUUCAGAAAAAUGCUCAGAAACACCGGUAA